AUGUCAUCCAAAAUAAUCAUAUCACUCAUUCGACCCCUCCUUCCUUAUAUCCCUUUACUCCCCACACCCGUCUUAUCACUUUUCCCUUCCCUCUUAUUACACUUGACGACCCACCCAUCGCCUAGUCCGACCACGUUCUUAUCUGCAUCUACAACUCAUCCAUUACAUACUCCUAUCAUAUUCACUGCAAUAUCUAUACCCAUCAUCUACGUAUUAGGUUUGAUAAGCGGCAACGUAUCUUGGGUAGAUAGAUUGUGGCCUUUUUAUACACCUUUCUGUACUGGUUUGAUAUUAUUCUGGAUAUCACACAACGUCGACGGAGUGGUUUAUGGACAUAACCUACCUAGAGUCAUACUUAUGUUUGGAUUACAAAUUCUCUGGUCUUUGAGAUUACUCUCGCACGCGUUAAAACGUGAUUUUUACGAUCUCAAAUCAGAAGAUUAUCGAUACACAGUAUUCCGAAAACUUGUCCCCAAACCCGUAUUCUCUCUAAUACACAUAUUCGUCAUUGCCAUCGCCCAACCUCUACUAUUACUAUGUUUGAGUUUUCCAGUGUACGCAGUAUCUUCACUCCCACCUUCUGAACUCGCUUCUACUGGAUCAAUCGGUAUUUCUUUCGGAUCAAUAUCAUCUUACUUACCUAACAAAUACAGGAAUUCAGCUCCUGAACAAACGGUUAUAUUGAAUAUAUCAGAUUUAGUUAUUACCAUACUGGCUAUCGGGUGUCUAAUAACGGAAUUCAUAGUCGAUAGGAAAAUGUAUAAAUAUCAAUCUUCAAAACAUCAAUUAAUCGAUCAACUUCUUUCAGAUCAAUUAAUCCAUCCUGAUUCGAACUCAACCGAAAAUUCACCAUUGAAUACACAGUCGACUAAGAAAGGUUGGCCAAAAGCUACACCGUAUCCGAAAUCGCAUUAUCCAGGAUUCCCUAUCAAUGGACCUUGGAGAUAUUCUAGGCAUCCAAAUUUCGCUGCUGAACAGUUAUUUUGGGUUACACAAGCUCUGUUCGUUAUUGCCGGAGCUCAAUCCAGUGGUGUAACAAGGAGAUCUUGGGGUGAUGGUAUGGUCUGGGGUCCAUGUUUCGCUUUGAGUAUACUGUUUUGUUCAAGUACAUUCUUGACCGAGUGGAUAACAAGUCGCAAAUUCCCGGUUUACAAAUCGUAUAGAAGGGUCAUAGGACAGUUCUUACCUCAAGAAACUGUCAUAAAUCUGUUAAUAGGUACGAUUACAGGAAGCAGGAAGAAGAACUUGGAAAAUGUUUAUGGGCAAUGA